UUCUCACCGUGCGGCCGUUUGCAUCGUCAGCCUCUCGAUCGCCGAGGAAAACCCCGGCUCGCCGUGUACGAUCUGCGGAUUGUCGUCGGCGGCUACGGCAAUGCGCGUCGGAUGCAGGUGUCUCGUUGAUGCGACGAGGGACAAAUCGCGCACGGAGCGCCGCGACGCAACCCUCCGGGGGUGACCAUGAACGUGCGCCGGCUUACCGAGCUGUCGUAGUGAAACUUUAGUCCCGACGAUGUGGCAAUUGCGAGCUUAACAAAUUAGUCUGCGUGCACAUUGCUGAUGGCCACGAGAUAUCAAAAAUGUGCGGACGCUGUCGAGAAAGGAGACAAUGGCUAUGAACCGUGAGUGAAAGAGAAACUGCGUUCACAUGAAGAAUGCGCGAUUAGCAACCGUCCGUGAUUAGCCGCGAUCGACGGCGAGGGAUAUCCUCUCAAAAAACAAAUAUAAGAGGGAUAUAUUGCUGAUUGAUGGUGAAUUGCUUUCAAAGAAAGAUAAAUUGGUUAGGCGUAUAACGACUGUUGGCAAAGGAAAACAUAUCGUCAUACUUAAAGUUAAUCAACGACGUGGGAUAUUAAAUAGAAGACUGAUUAAUUGCUGUCUACAAUUUGUAAAAGUACAUCUCAUGAGCUUCUUAACUUGUAAUUAUUCAGCCUCGCAUCAUAGAAAGACACAUAUGUUCGAUUCAUAAAGAAAUCCUUCCAAUAGGGAUGCUAGAAUAUAUCUUUCUACUUGUGAAUCAACGUGAGAUCAUGUAGAAGAAAGUACUAAAAUAUUAAUUUUUUAUUAAUCGACGUGCACUCUACCUCGAAGAAGGCAGGUUCGAUCGCAGAUCAAGUUUGUCGACCAUUUUUAUACGUAGCCUUUUACUGCGAUCAAAUAAAGCUGAACAUUCAUGCCGGUAAAACGCAACAUAUCGUAAUAUCGGGACCAAUGCGAACGCUGUCGACAUAAAAUACUCGUGCAUGUAUGUACAUACGGGUGUACCACGCUGACGUAGGAACUUAACUGAGUCACGACUACCAAGAAGGUAGCUCGAUAUAAUUUUUGACAUGAACAUUACAUCCAAUAUAGGAAAAGGGCGAUCGAUACCAUCGUGAGAUGGUAGACGGGAAUGUCUAAAGAUGGCAGAAAGUCUAUGGCUUCGACAUUUAUUUUUUGAGUGUACGAUAUAAAGUAGCGAUAAUUAGCAAGACGCCAAUCAACAGCAAACUCGAAGCAUGCCACUCGACGAACGAAACACUUCUAAAACAAAGGAGGAAGUUUCUUCCAAGCGUAACUCCGACUUUGCCGAAUGAAAAAAAGUCGGCCGGGGUAGAAGAAAUCAUAGAAAAGUGGAAGUAAAAUGCCGAAAAGUUCGGAAAAGGAUAGCAGCGAGAAUAUCCAGUUGGAGCCUUUGUCUAGGACGCCUAGGCGACACGAAUCUACCGACCCUGCAGAAAUAGAUGCAAAGGCACCGUUGAGACAUGCCGCAAGAAAGACGUGCGAUUCAGGAGAUAGCAGUGCAGGAUUGCACAGACGUAACUUUUACGAGCGAGCAAAUGAAGUCGUUAGGUGUUCUGAGAGAAAGACUUAUUGCGUGCUUUGUAUCUGCUGCAUGGUGCUCCUCAUUACAUCACUUAUCAUAGCCUUGGCGCCUCUACGAACCGGCUGCUCUUGUCCUGAAGGAGAUUUGAAUGGACUUGUAGACGAUGAAAAGGACACCGUGCCUCGGAUGGAGAAUGGAGAGGUAUUUCCAUGGGAUAACAUAAAACUACCUACUUUCGCACAUCCUACUAGGUACAAUAUUACCAUGCAUCCAAAUCUUACCACCUUAGAAUUUAGAGGACGAGUCACAAUCGAAUUCUAUGUUGAUGAAGAGACCAAAUUUAUCGUCUUCCAUAGUAAAAAUUUGACAAUAAAGGAACAAAUAGUCAGAGAUGGUCAAGAAGAGCUGAAAAUAGCAAAGUUGCUCGAAUAUUCGAAACGCGAGCAGCUAUAUUUGGAAUUGGAGGACGCAACGUUCCAAAAAAGAAAUAAUUACACACUGUUUCUAAGUUUUAAUUCGACUUUGAAUUCUACUGACCUCAAAGGGUUCUAUUUCAGUAGUUAUACCACUCCCGAUGGAGAAUACAGAUAUUUGGCUACAACUCAUUUCGAACCAACAUACGCACGCAUGGCCUUUCCAUGUUUCGACGAGCCACAAUUUAAAGCUAAAUUUAAGGUAUCAAUAUAUAGAGAUAGAUUUCACAUUGCAUUUUGCAAUAUGCCCGCGAUAAAUACUGAAGAGGCAGGAUUUUACUUGGGCACAAAUCUCUUACGCGACGACUUUCAAGAAUCCGUAGACAUGUCGACGUACUUGGUGGCUUUUGUGGUGUGCGAUUUUAAAAGGAUUUUCGAACUAACAAAGAGAAAUACAUCUGUAAGUGUGUACGCCGCCUCGCAUAUGCUUCCACAUAUGAAAUAUGCUAUGAUCACUGCUGCUCGUAUCAUGGAUUACUUUGAAUCUUUCUUCGGCAUACCUUACCCUUUGCCAAAGCAAGAUAUAAUAGCAAUCCCCGAUUUUGAACCCAUCGCUAUGGAAAAUUGGGGCCUAAUUAUUAUUCGAGAAUCUUUUUUAAUGUAUGACGAGAAAGAAACGCCAGCCAAUAUGGAGGAAUAUAUAGCCGUUAUUAUGGCUCAUGAAUUGGCUCAUCAAUGGUUUGGUAAUCUCGUCACUAUGAAAUGGUGGAAUGAUCUGUGGCUGAAUGAAGGUGCUGCGACGUUCUUCGAAUACAAGGGCGUGAAUCACAUUUAUCCUGAAUGGGGCAUGAUGGAUUUAUUCAUACUACACAAAACGCAGCGAGCACUCGAGCUCGAUGCACUAGCCAACAGUCAUCCAGUAAGCGUACCCGUUGAAAACCCCGUAGAGAUAGAAAGCAUUUUCGACACGGUUAGCUACUUCAAAGGCGCUUCCAUUCUCUAUAUGUUGGAAGUAGUUUUAUGCGAAAAUGUUUUUAAACGCGGUUUAAACGACUACCUAAAUCAGUACGCGUUCGGAAAUACGGAGACCAACGAUCUGUGGGAAGUUCUCACAAAACAUUCUAGAAAUACAUCUAAUAGUACAGAGCUUGACAUAAAAACCAUAAUGAAUACUUGGAUCCAACAAAUGGGCUUCCCACUUGUUACCAUCAUCCGUGAAGAUAGCACUAUCACGGCGACCCAGAAAAGAUUCCUUGCUUCGCCGCGAGAAGAUAGAGUAAACAUUUCGCAUCCCAAGUCACCCUUUAACUAUAAGUGGUACAUUCCGUUGACAUGUUACACAGAUAAGGAUGACCCGAUGGAAUCUCCUCUGGAAGUGUGGAUGAAUAUGACCAAUGCGACUUUUGAUAUAACGAGCGACGUUGACUACAUCAAAUGCAACAUCAAUCAAACUGGCUUUUAUCGAGUAAACUAUCCGAGGGAGAUGUGGACUUCGAUUAUUAAAACUUUAAUGAAGAACCACAGCAGAUUCAGCCCGGCAGAUCGAGCGAGUCUUAUCGAUGAUGCAUUUGCCCUUUGCGAUGCGGGCGAGCUGGAUGCUUCGAUCCCACUGGAACUUUCGCUAUAUCUAGUGAACGAAAAAGAUUAUGCGCCAUGGAAGACUGCGCUUCGGUAUUUAAACUUUUGGAAAGACAGACUGGCCGAAAGUGAAGGAUAUAAAAAAUAUAUCUCGUUCUUUAAACGAUUGUUGGAUCCGAUUUCAAGAUACAUUGGCUGGACAGAUGAAGGGUCUCAUUUGAAAAAAUUAUUAAGAACCGAAGUACUAAAAUCCGCUAUCGAGUUGGAAAUGGAUAAUGUUGUGAAGUCUGCAAGGAGUCUUUUUCAAGAGUGGGUAAAAGGCAAACGUAUUGCACCCAAUAUACGGAAUAUCGUUUAUAUGGCAGGCAUCAAAUUCGGACAGGAGGCUGACUGGCAACAUUGCUGGCAAGUUUAUCUUAAUACGCAAAUUCAGAGCGAGAAGCUAUUAAUGUUGCAAGCCCUAGGUGCGACGAUGGAUCCUUGGUUACUCAAACGUUAUCUUCAAUUUUCGCUGGACCGGAAUCUGUUUAAAGCGCAAGAAGUUAAUACUGUCUUAGCAUCCGUUGCUGCCAAUCAGCAUGGACAUUAUCUUGCUUGGCGUCACAUUAAAGCCCACUGGCCUCAAAUAGAAGCCUUGUAUAUGAAUGAAUCUUACUCAAUAAGCAAUCUCAUACUUCACGUUGUUCCUGACUUCUUCAUCUCGGAAUACGAUUAUCACGAAGUCUCGGAAUUCUUCAAGCAGCGCGACAUUCGCAGCGGUAAUCGCACUCUGCAACAGAGUUUGGAAAUGAUAAAGUUCAACAUACACUGGGUAAAAACAAAUGCGAAAAACGUGUGUGAUUGGCUUAUCAAAUACUUCACGGAAAUGAAUCUUUCGAGUUAACCUUCGCUCGUCUGAGCCGAAUGAGCAGAAUGAGCCGAAAUUCAACCGUGCGUUCAGCAGUGAUGCCAUUAUGGCUAAUUUUUCUACUAUUCUUAUUUGUGAUACAGCCUAUGGAAAGUGAGAUCCCCAAUUACGUAAGAGGCGAGAAGAAUCUCAACCGUCAUCUAGUUAUAAAUUUUGCGGAUCAAAAGCCAACCGUUUCCGUCAGUUUCGUUAAGAGGUCGUUUUCAUCGGGCAAAUUGUCGAAUGUAAAAGACGACAACUCUUAGACCAGGAUAAAUUGUUUUUCUUCAAAGAAAAACGUUUAAACAUUUUGUGCAAAACUCGUUGUCGUUGUAGCUUGCCAAAAAGGAUCCUCUAACGAGCCAAUCGAAAAGCCGAAUUGUUUGUACGUAAUACAUUAUACACCAAUUUAUACGCACUUUCUAAAAUAUCCAUUUAACAUGCACGCAAGUGCGUGCCAGUCGGAUUAUUAAGUAUAAAAACGAGAGCAAAGACAUCGUUGUUCCUAGGGUAGUCGUUAACAUUCGGCAAAUUAAGGGCUAACGACAUACGCUUAUUGACAUUGUAAGCUUUAGCUCUCUCGGGUUUCCUACACUUUCUUAUAACAAAAAGAAACUACAAUAAUCACGUGAUGUCCACAAAGCCCCAUUCUUGAAUCAUUUAAUAUUAUUUUAGCAGAAAGAGAGAAAGAGAGAGUGAAAGAAAAAAAGAGAGUCGAGCUUGAGGCAAAUUUGUCGGAGAACAAACGCUAAUGAUACUAUUCACAUACGUCCCAUGCAUAAAACUGCGGUAUUAACGAUAUUUAGAGGUAAUACAAUUAUCAUGACUGUAUAUGAGCGAUCGUUCGACACAUUUAAGUAGCAUAUCAAUGUACGGCAAAGAGCAGCGUAAGGAAUCGCUCAGGUCUGUGCCACAAGCACCGUCCAGAGAGACUUAGGCAGCGUUAAGGAAAAACUCGGUCGCGAGAGUCAGGUGGAUUAUAUAUGUCAAAUUAAUUGUAAAAAUACAAGGAAUCAAUGUGUAUCUUGUAUGUCGCGUAUAUUCGUGUUUCCUAGAGGUUGGCCGGAGACAGGACACGUCUCGCGUGGGGGUUGUUCUCCAUGUGAAGUAGUAUAAAUAGAAAAUUGGAUAUUUUAUUAUGAAAAAAAUAAAUAAAUUUGUAUAAUCUAAAUAAUGCUUUAUAUAUACAUAUGUAUGGUAUACAUGUAUCAGUGUAAGACAGUGUGCCGUGUUUGAUCAAGUACUUUGUAAAGAAUCUAGAUACUGAAGCUGUUAAUGCUAAACUUAUCUAGAAUCUCUUGAACGUCACGGUUUUCGAGGCAUUGCGUUUAAUUCUGAAAAAUUUUGGUUAACGAUAGAACUUAAUUAAAACUUAAUUAAAAUUAAAGGAUGUAUCGCACACAUGAAUUUCGCAAUGCGAUCGACACCUGAAGCAAAUCCGUUAUAUUUCCGUUGUCGUUUUUCAAUCGCACAAUUAACUGUUUGGACAAUAAACACCAGAAAAUAGUGAGAUUACAUUUUUAAAAAAUAUUUAAUUAUUAUACGUUAAUUGUUUUAACAAUGUAGAUUAAUUUAAUGUUCUGGGAUUAAGGCUUAAAUACUUAGUCAUCUAUUGCUUAUAAUUGAUCGCACGGAUAUAAAGGAUAUGAAGGUCUGCAAAGUGUCUAAUAGUUACACAGGGGAAGUGAAAUCGAUUGCGCAAAGCACAAAAAGAUUCCCCUUCCGAUUCAAAUCACCAACAUUCAUAUGCUCCCCAAUUUUACUGUUUAAGUAUUUCUCGUUGCUAUCAACCGCCGGACUCGGUGAUUAAUCAGAGCCAAAAUUUGCGCGCGUCCUUGUAAAAAUAUAAUUAAAAUUUAAGCACUCGUUUAAAUGACACACAUUAGUAUCAUCGUCACGACACACAGGGCACGAUGAUUCUUCUAUAUUUUCUUGCCACGAAUCUCUACUGCCAUUUUGUGCUUGCCAUUACCGAUGCCCACUAUAAAAUGGCAUUAUUUCGAUACUUAAUAUUUAAUGUUAGUACCUUUCUUAUUGGAGCAAUCUACUUUGCGGCGCAUAAUUCUCUGCGCUCGUCACAUUUAUGUGGUACCAUGAGCGAACAAUACGCACAUAUUAAUACCUACACAUUCAUACACGAUCCCCCGUACAAUGAAAAAAAAUCUGUAAAUAAUUGCUGCAUGAAAUCAUUUUUCAUCGUUCCAUUAAGUAGAUUUUGAUACACUCCAAACGGCGAAUUAAUGAAUCGACGCACAAUUAGAUAUCUUACGUGUAAAUAGCAUAUUUUUUCACUAACGGAUAUUCUCUCUUAUUAAAGAAUGAACGAUAAUUGUUUUGGAAUUUUUAAGGGGGCAUCUGCUCGCCGACUUGUGCGAGAUGCGUACCGAUUGGCCUAUUUUAUUCAUAUUCUUGCAACACUCGAAAGUACUCGUGUAUAAAUACAAUAAUACUUUCGUUACUUGUUCGUAGAUUAUACUUGCAGCUGCGAUGUAAUAAAUUUUGAUGUAAAACAAUCUUCAAGUAGUCGAUGUUUUACUUUCCAUGGUCUAAUUUCCACCAAAACCCUCAAUUCGAUUCUACUUCGUUGCAAAUUAAAGUUAAUGUGCUGUUUCUAUUGGCAGUAAAGUAGAAGUGAAAAAAAUUAACAUUUUAGACUUUUGCUCGUGUGAAUAUAAACAUACAUAUGUGUAAUCACUAUAAAUUUCAAAGUUUUCUUCUCUUUUCAAAUAUUAAUUAAUGUUAAAGUUUUAUCGUAUGACUAAAUAAUAUCACGUUUAUUUUGCAUUUUUACGAAUGAUAACUGUUAUAAAUAAGUAAAGGAUGACACUAUCUACUUUCAAUCAUUUCCACUAAAAUUUUGUGUCAAUUUGCUGCCAUUUCGGCAAAACACGUGGAUUGAAGAGAGAGUAAAAUGAGCGAAGUCUAUCAUGUUUCCAUCGAUUUAAAUUUAGUUCAAGCCGCAUUAGAUGUGAAUUAAUGUCUCGGUGGAAAAUAGACUUAUGAUAUUCGAAUCAGGAUUUAUUGCUUAAUCUUACACUGUUAGAUAAAUAAUUUAUGAAGAAAAUUGUCAAUUUUAUUUUUUGCUAAAAAAAAUUUUAUUAUAUUAAAUCCAUUGUACACGGGACAACACAAUGAAAACGAUAUAUCGAAAGACUGGAUACCGGAGUAAUCAAGAGUGUAUACUUAUGCAUUUUAUGCAGUCAUGACACGAUUAUAUCUUGAGAGAACGAGGCUGUCUUACAUCUCAUAUUUAUGCGAAUAAAUUAACAAUAUAUAUUGUAUACCGUUCUCAACUGUAUUGUUGUCAUAGAUAUUUUGUUGUAUAAAAAAUAUGAAACAUGUACAAGCAUAUAAAUGAAUAUAUUAUAUGUUUAAAGUA